AUUACAAGCGAGUCAAGAUGAUUGUAUUACAGUAUCAUUGCAAGUAUUUUAAUCUUGUCUUUAUUAAAAGCGAGUUCUCAAUAAAAGGAUGAAGCGGAAUAAAGUGACGAGUUUCAGGACUUUUACUCGCGCGGGGGAGGGGAGGGAGGUGGUGAAAUCCUGCGAUAUCGCGAACGCCGUAAAAUGCAUGCGCAUGUCGGUGGUCGAAUGCGCAAAUGUAUUCGCGCGUUGGUUUCGCGGGAUGCAUCUAUCGUUAUUUAUAAAACGAACUUUGGCGAUAAGGCUAAGUAAACAAAGCAACAGCUCGAGAUUUUUCCAGCGAACGUCGCCUGACGCGUGUAUAUGUCUGGAAGAAUUAAACGCGCGAAUUUAUCGCGUCCUCAAUUUGCGCUGAAUCAGCGUAUCUUGUCGAUGUUCGUACGAACGAACGGCAGGACGAAGAGCGAACGGAACGAGAUCUCCGGCGGUUUCGGCCGCUGGAAUCCGAGACUCGCUUGCGCGAGGCGAGGCGAGGCGAGGCGAGGCGAAAUAUUAAGGGCGCGGACGCGGCCGAGGGAUGAGGGCGAGGGCGGCGAGGGUAAAAGGUACUCGGGAGAGCGCGGUUGCUAGCGCUAGCGAGGCGAGACGAGGGCGAAACGCGAAUCGAUCGUUACCCGCCGGCGUCCUGCGCGCUAAUCGCUAUCCCGGCGCUAGUAUUCGCCCGUACUCUGCUCCCGUCGGUCCGCUAUCAUUCACCGCCGUCGUAGAGUACCUCGCCGUCCCGGGGUUUCGCGAGCGCCGGGAUACCGCGCGCAAAGCGGAAGCAUGCGGGACGAGGUGAAGAUGGACGCGAAUCGGCUGAUCGCCGAGGUGUACAAGCGGCCGGCGCUCUGGAACCAAAGGCACAUCUCUUAUCACAAUCGUGAGGUGACCAACCGCGUCUGGAUGGAGAUCGCGGCGAUAUUCAAUCUUCCCAAGCCGAUGCUAAAAGCAAAGUGGAAAGGCUUGCGCGACACGUUUCGCGCCGAAUUGAAAAAGGAUCAGGUAUACCGUAAAAGCAAGUUCCACCGGAUCCGACCGGUAUGGAUCCACUUCAAAAGCCUGCAGUUCCUGAAGGAGCAGAUGCUUCCACGGCCGCCAAUCUGGGAACGUAGCGUCGCCAAGACGGAGGAUGACCCGAGCGAGAACGAGGUGGAGAACGGCGCGCCGAUGUCUGACAUCGAUGGCGGCCUCGACGAUCGCGACACGAUCGCCGAUCAUCUGUUGUCGAUGGCCGGCGACGGUAGCGUUCACCAUCAACUAGACGGCAGCGACGGCCGGCGCGGCACGGUGGAUGUGAAACGCGAGCCUGAGGAGAGCUUCGACAAUCUGGAGUUCCAGGGCGUCACUGACAAUCUGGCGGAGAACGAAAUGAUGCUGCAAAACAUCUCGCCCGAGCAGGUCCUCAUGAGUGACAGCGACACCGGUGUUGGCCACGUAGGUGUCGAUCCGCUUGAGGGCAAUCGCUUCGACGACAACUACUAUUUCCUGAUGAGCCUGCUGCCGCAUAUCAGGACACUGCCGGCCGAUCGUAGGAUGCUGCUCAGGAUGCAGAUGCAGGAGCUCGUUUACAAGGAGGUCUACAAAAAGUCUUCUGACGGCGAACAGACGGCGAAUACUUAACUAUCUUUUAGACUUAAUUAUCGCGUUAAACGGGCUCUUUUAGUAUUCAAAAGCCGUUUUUCGAAAAAUAAAGAAUCUUUAUUUAUGAAUAAGGAAUCUCUAUUUUUCAAAGAACGAUUCUGAAUACGAUCUGUAAAAGUCGUUUAUUAUUUAUUUUUUCCAUACAAAACCGAUUGAUAAAAAUAAAAAAAAAUAUAUAUAUAGAGCUCAACGUCGCGGUUAUUAUGAGCUACAAAAAAAUAAGCAGCACAAAAUAGACAACUGGUUCUUUUCGAUAUAUUCGAUCGGAAGUGGUAAAGUUACAGGUAUAUCGUUUUUCUUUCAAGUAGAAGAAACGAAAAUCUUUCCAGUUAUCUAAAGAAAGAAAUUCUGGAGAAGAUUGCUAUUGUCAUAAAUCCUUCGUUAUCUCGAUCCAAUAGGGAUGUAUACCUGUGCCUAAAUCUGUACAGGUCAUGGUUCCUCCAGGUAGGUCAGCAACACGGGUCGCUUCUGUAUCAAAUGCGCACGCUCGCAUUGACUCCCACCGAGUGAUCGGCCGGCGACGCGGCGACACGGUUGAGCGACACUGGUGCUUUCUCGUACCUGCAGGUACGACCGUGACGCACACCUGUACGCGCCUCCGUGUACUCACCUCGUCCAUCCGUACCUACACAUUCAGCUGCUGGUGCACAACAUUUCGCGGAACCGCGCAUGCGUGCCCACCGUGGCUCCAAUCGGAGUCCGAUCGCGUUUCCUUCGCUUUCGCGUCGCGACUCCGCGUCCGUGUGCUUACGUUCAGUUCGCCGCCGAUCGCACCGUUAUCCCGAUCGAGCGUGUUCCUCGGUUACCUGUCCGCCGCGCGUUGGUCCCGCUUCUCUCCUUCGUUAUUUCCCCGUUCUCGAACAGCGUCACGUCGUCGUGUCGCCUUGCCGUUCGUCGUGUCGUCGGCCGCUGUCGUGCAUGGACACAGGUGUUAGAGUUAUUGCGGCUCUUUACACACCGCUCUCCUGUCGUUCCCACUGUUGUGUUGUGCUGCACCACGAUCGGCAUAAGGUGAGUCAAUUACCAAGAAUUUCUCCCGAGCGCUUCCGGAGAACUAAAAGCCGCUUAGACAGGGCGACCUACUACCGUAAAUGAUGACCCGCAAUGGAGAAUCCUUUGAUCAGUUGGACGAUUUUAUCUUGACAAAAGAAAUCGAUUCUCCAGUCUUUGACAUUAUUUUUGCAAUUGACCUAAAAUCAACUCCAUUUAUAUUAAAAUAAGAACAUAGUUUUGCUCUUUGAAGGAAGUCUAGUUCACAAAAAAUAUUUUAUCUUGAAUCGUGAAUUAUUAACGUCUGAAUAUUCUUGUUUAAAAAAAUUUGCCUUACGUUAGUAAAAAAAUGUGCCGUUAACAAUGAAAAUUGUUAUGUCUGAAAAGCCGACUUUACUGCUGACGAGAGAAAGAGACACGUUUUAAAGAUCUGUUGCUCUCUUCCGUU